GCUGUCACUUAGCAUACAUGUCAUUAAGGGUAAUCAAUUAACAUGGAGGAGCAGUCGUGGGAGAACCUGACAGACCACAUCGUGAUCCACAUCCUGUCGUACCUGCCUGCCCACCAUCGCCCUCCCGCCGGCGCCGUGUGCCGCGCCUGGAACCGCGCCUUCAACUCCCCGCUGCUCUGGCGACACGUCAGGGUCACCUUCCACUCCGAGAAGGACACGCGCUGGCUCGGGUGUCUCAAACGGUACGGGAUGCACUUCCGGACGGUCCACAUCGACUGUAACCAGGAGAACGUGGUCAACAGGAGGAUCACCUGCGACUUCAUCAACGGGCUGGCGCGGCUUCCGGAACGGCGGCUGAAACGCUUCAUCGUCAUCUUCUCUGGGAUGAACCCCUACUUCUAUGCCGGCCAGGAGAUGCAUGAAGCUAUAGAGGAUCUCUUCGGCCCCCCUCCCACCCAGUGUAACGUCAUCUCUACUCUAGAACAUGUGGAUCUAGGGAAGCUGUCCAUCGCGUACUCAGACAAACUCUUCCUCCCACUCGCUGAGAAUAAUCCAAACCUGAGGUUCCUCAACAUCCAGAACGCUUCCCUGGUCUGUAAGGUGACGUCAGACUGCCUUUUGAAGAUCAUCACCACCUGUACCAAGCUUGUGGACCUGAGAGUCCACUACUACAGCCUGUCUGAGGAGGUACUGACAGCUCUAGCAGACAAAGACAGGACUCCUCUUGAGCAUCUUUCUGUGUGUUGCCAAAAGGACGACAAGAUGGGCUUCGCAAAGGUGUGGGAGUCGGAGUUUUGGACGGCGCUGACGGAGCACAACCGGGCGCUGCGCGUGUCGCUGAUCUUCGGUGACUACUGCCCGACGUCGCGGAUCCCUGUGCUGCUGAAGCCGGAGAUCCCGGUGUCGGUGCUGCGCGUGGAGAACUGGCACCCCCUGCUGUACCUGGUCCGCUUCUGCUGCGAACACUACUACAUGACUAUCGAGGUGCUGGUGCUACACACCCACCCCAGCCCACAGCUGGACCAGGGGCUGCUGGAGCUGGUGACCAAGUCUCCCCGGCUCAGAGAGCUACACGUGUACUGUGUACUGGCAAAGGACACGGUCGCCGCCAUCCUGAAACUGCGCCCCGGUCUGCAGCGCAUCACGCUCAAGUCUGAGAAGGAACCGUUCCCCUGGGAGCCGGAAGUGUUGUAGCUUUCAAGUAAGGUAAUUUCAGUUUUGAUGCCUUUCAACCUAAAAUCCUGUUUGCAAAAUGCGAUUCAUUGGUUUAUACCAGUCCCUUACACCCCUUUGUAAAAUAUCACCCCCAUGUGUGUGGGAGUGGUAGAAACCAAACCUUUUGCAAACAGGAUUUUGGGUUAAAAGGCAACAAAACUGAAACCUUGCAGUUUUAAAGGAAUGGAAGCAAAUAAAGUGUUGUAGCUUUUGUCUUUUAGGUACAGGAUUAUAUGCUGUAUGGAUCACUGUGUGGGAAUUGUGAUACAUUUUAUAUCAAGUUUUAAAAAAUGUUAAAGUCCUUUCCCCACCACGUGGUGCAUAGGGCAGCGCCCAUCUCUGGUUCAGUAGCCCUUGGGCCACACAGUUUUGUAAUAACUACAACAGGGGGCUAAUCCACUGGUAGUGAUGUUUUGAUGAGAGAUUUAUGAAAGGUGGGUUUAGAACCAAAAAGGUUUUAACUCCUUGAGUACUCAUAGUCUCAUGACUAUUAGUCCAGCGUAUUUGCUAUAUACAUAUUAAGUAGUUUUUGUUCAAUGAACGCAGGAAGACAUGGGCUGUAAAUCAUUGUGGUAAAUAUCCAAUUUUAUAAGCCAUAAUAAUCAUAUAAAAUUGUGUAUUCAAAUUUUUAAUGAAUAUCCAUUCCCAUUUUAAGAUUAUGAAUAACCAAAAACAAAGUCCAGUUUGUGCAAUAGAUUGAGAAUCUAACAUUUCUCUACUUAGAUCUGCUACCGUGCAGUUAACAG